CACGCAUGACAGCGGCGCUUCGAAAGCUCAAAAAGUCACUAUCCAGUAGCACAUCACUAGUGAGACCCUCUCGCUCCUACUUCUUCAAGAUCAUAAGAUCAAGCAAAGGUGCGGAAGAGGGCUUUCCCAUUUCACUUGGACAUACAACAAGGUGUCUAAUGGCUUCCAGCUCAGGGCUGUCCAUGUGAGCAGUGAAUCUAAGAAGAGAAGGGCAGACACUUAAAGAGAGAAAGAAGAGCUUCCCACAGAGCAUGGCCUCGGCCAAAGAAGAUGGCGUGGAUGAAAGAACGGAGAACGUUAAAGAAGAGGACUGUGAGCGGCUCACACGAGCAAAUGUGUGUGUGAAGCUGGAGGAUCACGAAGAAAAAAUUUCAGUUUUUAAAGAAGAGGAGGAGUGCAAUGGGGUGACUGCUGCCAUUAAAGUUGAGGACUUGAAUGAUUUCUCCAUUGGUCUUGAACUUCAAAAGCAUGAUAUUUUCAAGCAAGAGGCCUGUGAAGAAUCUCCAUCCAGUUUACAGCCCUGGUCCACAAAUAUGGGACGACUGGCUACACAGGAGAAUUCUGUAGAGUUGAAAUCAGGGUUAUCAGAGUAUGAAGAGAAAAUCAACAAGGGAAAUGGGAGAGAAGGAGAAGAGUCACCUGGGAGUGUUGGAAUAAAUUUACAGAAGAAUGGCAGCUUCUCUCCACCUUCAUUUGAUCAGCCCUCUCCUCAAAACAAAGAGAAAGGUAUGAAGAAAUCAGAAAGAGGAUCAGAGAUCCUGACAGCAGCCUUAUUGCAGUGCAGUUCUCUCCCUGCUACUGGAGUAACACAGACAGAAGCCAUCAAAACUGAUCGACAGCAAGUGGAGAAAGAAAUCCAAAUUCAUAAUGGAAAAAAAUGUUGUUUGGAAUGUGGCAAACAAUUCACACACAAAAGUGAUCUUAAUAGGCAUAUGAAGAUUCACACAGGAGAAAAACCUCAUUCCUGUUCAGAAUGUGGUAAGUCGUUCUUAAGGAGAAGCACUCUUCAGAACCACAGAAGAAUCCACACAGGAGAAAAACCUCAUUGCUGUUCAGAAUGUGGUAAGUUGUUCUCAUGUAUAAGCUAUCUUCAGAGGCACAGAACCAUCCACACAGGAGAAAAACCUUAUUGUUGUCCAGAAUGUGGUAAGUCGUUCUCAAUGAGAAUCAGUCUUCAGAGGCACAGAAGAAUCCACACAGGAGAAAAACCUCAUUGCUGUUCAGAAUGUGGUAAGUUGUUCUCGCGGAGAAGUGAUCUUCAGUUGCACAAAAAAAUUCACACAGGAGAAAAACCUCAUUGCUGUUCAGAAUGUGGUAAGUCCUUCUCAAGGAGAAGCCACCUUCAGAGGCACAGAAGAAGCCACCCUGCACAAAAACCUCAUUGCUGUUCAGAAUGUGGUAAGUCGUUCUUAAGGGGAAGCAGUCUUCAGAACCACAGAAGAAUCCACACAGGGGAAAAACCUCGUUCCUGUUCAGUAUGUGGUAAGUCGUUCUUAAGGAGAAGCGAUCUUCAGAGGCACAGAAGAAUCCACACAGGAGAAAAACCUCAUUGUUGUCCAGAAUGUGGUAAGUCUUUCUCAAUGAAAAGCAGUCUUCAGAGGCACAGAAUAAUCCACACAGGAGAAAAACCUCAUUUCUGUUCCGAAUGUGGUAAAUCGUUUUCAUGGAGAAGUGAUCUUCAGUUGCACAAAAAAAUUCACACAGGAGAUAAACCUCAUUGCUGUUCAGAAUGUGGUAAGUCCUUCUCAAGAAGAAGCCACCUUCAAAGGCACAGAAGAUGCCACCCAGGAGAUAAACCUCAUUGCUGUCCAUAGUGUGCCGAACAAUUUUCUGACAAAUGCAAUUUUCCGAGGCACACAGAAAUUGAUACAGGAGUGAAGCCAUUUUGUUGUUCUCAAUGUGGGAAAAGGUUUUUUUUAAAUUAGCUCUUUUCAAGUAAACACACAAACUCCAACUAAAGUGAAAAUGCAGUGCUUAUGUUCUGAAUGUGGCAAAUGUUUUACAAUCCAGAAAGGUCUUUACAGACAUGCCAAAAUCCAUAUUGAAGAAAAAUCUCAUUGCUGUUCUGAAUGUGAGAAACGUUUCUUAUAUUUAAGCUCACUUCAGUGCUACAUCAGAACUCAUACUGGAGUGAAACUUUAUUGUUGUCCUGAAUGUGAUAAGCAGUUCUCACAACAAAGCACCAUAAAAAGUCACAUCAGACGUCACACCGGAGGGAAACCUCACCUUUGCAUUGAAUGUGGCAAACAAUUCUCACACCUAUUUCUCUGUAUAAGCAUACGAAAAGUCGUAAUGCAGAGAAGACUUAGAGUUUUAUUGAAUGUGGAAUGUGAUUCUCAUAUAACAGUUCUCUUCACAAUCAUAAAAUUAUUCAUUCUAGUAAGAAACAAAGCUGUUCUGACUGUGGCAAGCUUUUCUCAGACAGCACGACUCUUAAAGAUCACAUGAGAAUUCACACUGGAGAGAAACCAUAUUGCUGUCCAGAGUGUGGCAAACAAUUCUCAUGUCCAAGUGCACUUAGGUACCAGAAAAGGAUCCACAGUGGAUAGAAGCAGUACACCUGUUCUGAAUGUGGUAAAAGGUACUCUUCCAGAAAAAAAUUCUGUAGUCACACACAAAGUCAUAUUGGAGUAAAUCCUGUCCUAGAAAUGACAAAUGAUCUUUCCA